CAAGUUGUGUGACACUGUGCCGGCGCUACAGACCCACAGAUGCCGCUUCAGCGCUCCACAGAUCGGCCGCUGUUGGCGUGAAAACAUCCUGAGACGAUGUGCGGGUUCAUGAAGAUGGCUGGUUGUGCAGCUCUCAUUUGUGGAAUAUUGCUGGAUUAUAGCAGAAAGACUUCUUUACUCCUCUGGGACUAGAAGCGGUGUUGUGGGUGACCGUCUUCUCUGUGAACACCCUGCCGGUUUUAGUCCUUUACAACACACUUUGCUGAGAUGCAUACGUUCUAUAUCGUGAUUGAAGUAGUAAUUGCUGUUCUCUCCAUAUCCGGCAACGUACUGGUUUGCUGGGCUGUCGCCAUCAACACCACUUUGAAGAACGUCACCAACUAUUUUCUGGUGUCUCUGGCUGUGGCUGAUAUCCUGGUCGGUUGCCUCGCCAUCCCCUUCGCCAUAACCAUCAGCAUCGGCAUACGUCUGGACUUCUAUGGAUGCCUCUUCCUGGCCUGUUUUCUCUUGGUACUCACACAGAGCUCCAUCUUCAGUCUCCUUGCCAUCGCGAUAGACAGAUAUCUGGCUGUCAAAAUUCCUCUAAGGUACAAGGAGUUAAUGACAGGAAAGACUGCAAGAGAGAUCAUUGCUAUUUUAUGGAUCCUCUCUUUUGUUAUUGGCCUCAUUCCUUUCUUUGGCUGGAACCUGAAGUACUCCAGUUGUGGGAACAACAGCUCUGGGGUGGACAACACUACAAACGCUGGCUUCACGCAGCGGCCGAGUGGCGGAGGAGACUUACUACGGAGUUGCAAGCUCCAGUGCUUCUUUGAGAGUGUGGUGGACAUGCACUACAUGGUCUACUUUAAUUUCUUUGUCUGUGUGCUGCUUCCUCUGCUCAUCAUGCUGGGCAUCUACCUGAAGAUCUUCACCGUGGCCAGGAAGCAGCUGAGACAAAUCGAGCUCAAGUGCGUGGGCAACGGGGACAGCCACCACCACGGGCUGCUGCAGAAGGAGAUCCGGGCCGCCAAAUCUCUCUCCAUUAUCGUAGGACUGUUCGCCGUCUGCUGGCUGCCCGUCCACAUCCUCAACUGCCUCACGCUGUUUUACAGGGAGCUGCAGAGGCCGGAGGUUGUCAUGUACGUGGCCAUCAUUCUGUCUCAUGCCAACUCUGCGGUCAACCCCAUCAUCUACGCUUACCGCAUCCAGGACUUCAGGAACACCUUCCGCAAGAUCCUGUCCCAACACUUCCUGUGCCGCAGGGAGGAGCUGUACCACAGCUCCAACAGCAGCAGAGGCAACAGAGACCAAAUCCACAUGACCAUCGACCCUCUGCUAUAGAGAGUUGUACUGAGGAGGAGUAUUAUCUGUGUCAACUCUGUUGUUUCAGUCUUGAAUUUUAUUCUCAUUGAGGUUUAUAAUGUUUACAGAACAAGGGUAUGAUAUAUGAAGAUGAACCAAUGUAAAAGGCGCCUUGAAUGUGGACAUUUAUUUAUGAAUUGUGCCAAGUUUCAGGGGUCAAGCAGUGAAAUGUUGAAUGGUGAGUCUUAUGUUACUUUUAUAUUGUGAAGGAUUUUUUGAUUUUUAAAAACAUGAUGAAGCUAACUGGAUUUGUAGGAUUGUGAACAGGAUUCCAAACUUAAAAUGCUAUUUAACAUUCUGAAUCCACCCUGUUACAACUCCAAACACUCCUUACUAUUGCCCUGCUAUUUUAUAUUGUCAGAAUACAGUGAUGGUGUUUAAUUAUUUAUUUAUUACAAGACCUCACCUUCCAGAAUGUAAAGAUAAAAAAAACUUUGUGUGGGUAGAUAUGUACUUGUGGACCUAGAAAGGUACAAUAGUUGUAGUCCACAUCCCACAUUCAUAUACUCAUGACCAUCACAGGCUCAAUAUACAGAAAGAAGUAGUAAAGAAGAUUUUCUUUGUCUUUUACUUGAUUAUAAGAGGAGGUCUUU